GCAGGCUCGGGCGCAGGUUGCAGCAGAGAGGGGCCUCAGCUGUUGUGGUUAUUGUGCCGCCCCUCCCCCACCCGGACCCAGCGGCGACCCGUCGCUGCAGGCCCGUUGCUCUAGCCCCAGCACCCGGGACUAAGGACUCCGUGACCCUGUCUUCGGGCCUGUCCGCGCCGGAGCAACUCGGGACUGCGUAGCACCCCGCAUGCCGACAUGGGAAAGUCUUUUUCUCAUUUGCCUUUACAUUCAAAUAAAGAAGAUGCUUAUGAUGGAGUCACAUCCACUGAAAAUAUAAGGACUGGAUUGGUUAAUAGUGAAAUACAUAAUGAAGAUGGAAGAAGUGGAGAUGUCUCUCAGUUUCCAUAUGUGGAAUUUACAGGAAGAGACAGUGUCACUUGCCCCACUUGUCAAGGAACAGGAAGAAUUCCUAGGGGACAAGAAAACCAACUGGUGGCAUUAAUUCCAUACAGUGAUCAGAGAUUAAGGCCAAGAAGAACAAAACUGUAUGUGAUGGCUUCUGUGUUUGUCUGUCUGCUUCUUUCUGGACUGGCUGUGUUUUUCCUUUUCCCUCGCUCUAUCGACGUGAAAUACAUUGGUGUAAAAUCGGCAUACGUCAGUUAUGAUGUUCCAAAGCGUACAAUAUAUUUAAAUAUCACGAACACACUAAAUAUAACGAACAAUAACUAUUAUUCUGUCGAAGUUGAAAACAUCACUGCACAAGUUCAGUUUUCAAAAACAGUUAUUGGAAAGGCACGCUUAAACAACAUUACCAAUAUUGGUCCACUGGAUAUGAAACAGAUUGAUUAUACAGUACCUACUAUCAUAGCAGAAGAAAUGAGUUACAUGUUUGAUUUCUGUACACUGACAUCCAUCAAAGUGCAUAACAUAGUACUCAUGAUGCAAGUUACUGUAACAACAACUUACUUUGGACACUCAGAACAGAUAUCCCAGGAGAGGUACCAGUACGUUGAUUGUGGAAGGAACACAACUUAUCACUUGGGGCAGUCUGAAUAUUUAAAUGUACUUCAGCCACAGCAAUGAAAACUGAGAGAUGCACCUGGAGAAGAAAUACCUAUUGACAUUUUCCAAACUCUGAAGGAUGAGGUACUUACUUCCGGAUAGGAGAUCUUAAAUUGAACAACCUAAAGUUUACACUUCUGUUUUAAAAGUACAGCUAAGAGUAUGUGGACUUGUAGGUUAUUACAACUCUCUACUCUGUGUUCAUGAUAUUUGUACCAGGAUCUUUUACUUGAAUCUAAAUUUACUGAUUGGUUUUCUUUGUUCCUGGUCCCCAAAGGGGAAAACUAAGACUUCUCCUACAGGAUAAAUAAUUAUUUAAAAUUCACAGCUCUAAUCACUACUGAAAACAUAAUUGAUGAUUUGUGAUGAAUAUAAUUAUGUGAUGAACAUAAUUUGAGAAACUUUAUUUCUGAAUGUUUUUAUAGAAAAUUACUGUGGGCCUAUUCGUGAAGACAUUUAAAGAGUAACUUUUUUUUUCCUGUUUUAUAAAUUCCCUUUGCUACUUGGUAGUAUUUCAGCUAUAUGCUAUUUUAGCUUUUAGCUAAAUGUUUUUAUUUUUUCAUUUUGAAAUCCUACUCAUUUGCAUGUUUUUGUCAGUCUUACUUCAAGCUAUUGCUUGCAUAACACUUAAUAAACCAAAAUAAUCUUUGCAGAAUUCUGUACCUAAAAUUUUUUAAAACCCCUAAAUAAUGGGUUUCACAUGUCUUUCCAUGUUAGUUAUAGUUGUGUGAAAUUUUUAUGUAAUCUUCAAACAUCAUUUAAUGUACAGUAUUGUAAAUAAAUUCUGCAUGGCUUUUAUGUAGCUUUAAUAAAUGUCAAAUAAAGUGAUACAGAUUUAAAAUAUAGUAAGUUGCUCAUAAAAAUUUGUAAAGAAAGGAAAAUGAUAUUCAGAAACCUCUAGAAUGUAUGUUUCCAAUUACAUAUUAGAUCAGGCAUAACAUAGAUUUGAAAUAAAAUAUUUUGAUGCUCCACUUUUUUUAAUGUUGCUUUUCAUACUAAAGAAUUAUGGAUACACUUACUUUUCAGAACUGUUAGGUACCCAAAUGAUCAAUUUUAUGAAUGUUUUAGAGGAGGAAGUUAUUUCUUUGGUAAAAUUAUCCAAGAAAUCCUGUUAUUAAAUUACGGUGGCUAUAGCAAAAUAAAACCUAUAUUAUGCUUUUAAAAAUUACUUUGCACAUCAUGGAUAUCAUGCCCCUAGCAGUUACAUUUUUAAAGUUUUCUACUUUUGGUUUGGAUUUUAUUUAAAAUUGUUUUCAAGUGUAAAUUAUUGACUUAUUCAUUUUGCUAUUUUAUAUUUUUAAUACCAUUUUGCAUUUGGGCUUUUUGCCUUUUUGGUUACCACGUUCUGAGUACCUUUUAAAUACCUACCACUGAGCAUAGGGGCUGACUGUGAUACCAAAAACAGUAAGUGGCUUGAGAGUAGUUUCCUAUGUUCCCUAGUGACAGAGAUCAGGUUACCCCUCUCCUUACUCCCAAAGUGCCUAACAUGGGUCUGAAACAUUCUUAUUAUAAGUCUGACUCUCUCAACUAUAGAACAUGAGCUUUAUUUAAUUAGUUAGAGCUAAUGAAGCCCUCCUUUCUGCCUUUAAACCUACUCAGGUUUCCCCUUACUUAGCUUUCAUAUUACUUUCUCUAAGUUUUCCUCAGUGAACAUUUAAAUGGGUGAAAUGCACUAACUUCUUUUUUUUUUUUAACUACUUAGUCUUCCCUUAAUCCAUCGCUAACUCAUCCAUCCUUACUAUUAAACUAAAAUCACCCCUUUAAAUUUAUUAUGGAUUUUGUAGUCCAACCCAAUCUUUAAUAUUUUUUCUGCAAUGUUUUUUGACUACUCCCCUUCUCCUUGAAAUUGCACUUUUCUAAUGUGUGUGUUCUAUUUGUAUUUUUCAUGUCAUUCUCAUUUCAUUUUUUCUCAUUCUCCUAUCUUUUGAUAUCUUUUAAUGAGUAGUAUCCAGACCCUCUUCUGCCUCAAAAUUUCUACUCCUGUAUCUUCAGCAAUCACCUAUAUUAAGGCUUCCAGCUCUGUUUCUACAUACCUGACAGUAACCUGUCUAGUUUCUCAUUUAGCUAAUGCCUUAGAGAUAACAGUAUUUCAGUGACUGUGUAAAAAUCAAACAUUGUUAAAAAAUUUUUUAUCAUGUUUUGUUCUCACCUGCCCUUAUGUCCCAUUUCUUCAAAAUCAUUCUUCAGAUAUGCCUCCUUCAAAAAUCAAUCCUGAUUUAUUUUCCUGCUUUGUAUCUUUUUUUUUUUUUUUUGUGGUACACGGGCCUCUCUCACUGUUGUGGCCUCUCCCGUUGCGGAGCACAGGCUCCAGACGCGCAGGCUCAGCGGCCAUGGCUCACGGGCCUAGCCGCUCCGCGGCAUGUGGGAUCUUCCCAGACUGGGGUCAAACCCGUGUCCCCUGCAUUGGCAGGCGGACUCUCAACCACUGCGCCACCAGGGAAGCCCCCUGCUUUGUAUCUUUUAACCUUGGAAAACUAUAUAGUGUAAAUUAAAUGGACUUUUCUGUU